AUGGCUCCAUCAGUUCUGGUCGAUCAACAAGCUGGUCAUACCGAUCAUUCGGUCCCUGUCGUGAAGAAGGCGCUCAACAAUGCAGUGAUUAAAGCCUCACAUCCCAAUCCUUCCUUGCAAGUCACCUCAGACCACAAGUUGAAACUGGUGGAAGCACCCGUGUAUGCACCAGGUCGGGGUGAGGUUUUGGUUCACAUUAAAGCGACUGGUAUCUGCGGGUCAGACAUUCAUUUCUGGAAGACGGGUCGAAUCGGAUCACUUGUGUUUGAGGGAGAUUGCAUUAUUGGGCACGAGGCUUCGGGUAUUGUUUUACAGUGUGGAGAAGGAGUUAAUCAUUUGAAAGCCGGCGACCGAGUAGCCGUCGAACCUGGCGUUCCCUGUGAAGAAUGUUUUCUUUGCGAUGAAGGGCGAUACAAUUUAUGCGAAGAUGUCCAAUUUGCUGGCGUUUACCCCUAUGCCGGCACCAUUCAACGCUACAAGGUACAUCCAGCCAAGUGGCUUCACAAGCUACCCGAGAAUGUUACCUUUGCCGAAGGUGCUCUUCUUGAGCCGCUCUCUGUCGUUAUGCACGGCAUCAAGACAGCAGGACUGAGUCUAGGUCGUGGAGUUGUGGUAUGCGGUGCUGGACCAAUUGGAUUAAUUGCAAUGGCUGCGGCCCGCGCCUCGGGGGCAUAUCCUGUUGUCAUAACCGACCUGGAGCCAGCAAGACUGGCCUUUGCCAAAGAGUUUGAUCCUUCUUGUAUCACGUACCAGGUAGAUCGCAGUAAAGAUGCACAAGGUAAUGCGCAAGCCAUCCGCGCUCUAUUUGGAGACUCGGAAUACGUUGCACCGGAAACAGUUCUUGAGUGUACAGGUGUUGAAAGCAGUGUGUGCACAGCUGCGUACACUGCACGACGUGGUGGUACUUUAAUGGUCAUUGGCGUGGGAAAGGCCAUCAUGAACAAUAUUCCAUUCAUGCAUCUUUCUCUUGCAGAGAUCGACCUACGAUUCAUUAAUCGCUAUCGUGAUACUUGGCCACCUGCCAUUGCAUGUCUCAGCGGUGGAAUUCUUGAUUUGAAGAAGCUUGUCUCUCAUAAAUUUCCUCUAGAGAGGGCAGAAGAUGCUCUUCAUAUUUGUACCGAUACCAGAAACGGUAGCAUUAAGGUGUUGGUUGUGGAUGAGCAGGAAGCGUCGUUAUAG